AAAAGCAUUUCUUCAUGUCUUUUCCUUCCCCAUCCAUUAACAGGUGCGUUCCAUGGAUGAACUGAAUCAUGAUUUCCAAGCACUUGCUCUGGAGGGACGGGCCAUGGGAGAGCAGCUGUUGCCGGGUAAAAAGUUUUGGGAAUCUGAUGAUUCCAGCAAAGAUGGACCAAAAGGGAUAUUUCUGGGAGAUCAGUGGAGAGACAGUGCUUGGGGAACAUCAGAUCACUCUGUUUCCCAACCCAUUAUGGUUCAGAGAAGACCUGGUCAGGGCUUUCAUGUGAACAGUGAAGUCAACUCGGUGCUCUCACCGCGGUCAGAGAGCGGAGGGCUUGGCGUGAGCAUGGUGGAGUAUGUGUUGAGCUCAUCUCCUGGAGAUUCCUGCCUAAGGAAAGGAGGAUUUGGGCCGAGGGAUGCAGAGAAUGAUGAGAAUGACAAAGGGGAUAAGAAAAAUAAGGGCACGUUUGAUGGCGACAAAUUGGGAGAUCUGAAGGAGGAGGGGGAUGUGAUGGAUAAAACAAAUGGUUUGCCUGUUCAAAAUGGGAUCGACGCAGAUGUCAAAGACUUCAGCCGCACGCCCGGGAACUGCCAGAACUCGGCGAGCGAGGUGGAUCUGCUGGGCCCCAACCAGAACGGAUCCGAGGGCUUGGCCCAGCUAGCCAGUACCAACGGGGCCAAGCCCGUGGAGGACUUCUCCAACAUCGAGUCCCAGAGUGUGCCCCUGGAUCCCAUGGAGCACGUGGGCAUGGAGCCCCUCCAGUUCGAUUAUUCCGGCACCCAGGUUCCCGUGGACUCGGCCGCAGCCACCGUGGGGCUCUUCGACUACAAUUCCCAGCAGCAGGUGAAGAGUUUGGUCCUUGGUCCAGCCCAAAGAGUCACUGUGGGGCGGGUGGCCAGCGGUGCUGUGGUAGGGCUGCAGUCCCAGUUAAGUUUGUUUUCACUGACAGGUAUGUUUUCAGCAGGUUUAGCUCCUGCUGCCUUUGUUCCCAAUCCCUACAUCAUCAGCGCGGCUCCCCCGGGGACGGAUCCGUACGCGGCCGGACUGGCAGCGGCUGCCACGUUAGGUGAGACCCUUCCACUUGUCUGUGCCUUCCUGACCGUCCUCUGCACCAGAACUGCUCUGAGUCUGUGCUUAUGGCAAGUGAAGAUGGAGGCUCUUGUCUUCGUGCAAGAUCCCUCUCCAAACGUUCACGUUCUCCGUGGAGGAGCCAGCCAGCGUCCCUUGACCCCCAAUCAGAACCAGCAGGGCCAGCAGACGGACCCACUGGUGGCCGCAGCCGCCGUCAACUCCGCCCUCGCCUUCGGCCAGGGGCUGGCAGCGGGAAUGCCAGGGUACCCAGUGCUGGCUCCUGCUGCUUAUUACGACCAAACCGGGGCCCUCGUGGUGAACGCCGGCGCCAGGAACGGCCUGGGGGCCCCCGUGCGCCUCGUGGCCCCUGCCCCCGUCAUCAUCAGCUCCUCUGCAGCCCAGGCAGCGGUCGCGGCGGCCGCGGCCUCGGCCAACGGAGCGGCAGGAGGGCUGGCAGGGACAACCAACGGACCAUUCCGGCCUCUGGGAACGCAGCAGCCCCAGCCCCAACCCCAACAGCAGCCCACCAACAACCUGGCCUCCAGCUCCUUCUACGGCAACAACUCCCUCAGCAGCAAUUCCCAGAGCAGCUCCCUCUUCUCUCAGGGCUCUGCCCAGCCUGCCAACACCUCCCUGGGCUUCGGGAGCAGCAGCUCCCUGGGGGCCACGCUGGGCUCGGCACUGGGAGGAUUUGGGACGGCAGUCGCCAACUCCAACACGGGCAGCGGCUCCCGCCGGGACUCCCUGACAGGCAGCAGUGACCUGUACAAGAGGACAUCCAGCAGUUUGACACCCAUAGGACACAGUUUUUAUAAUGGCCUUGGCUUCUCCUCCUCUCCUGGCCCUGUGGGAAUGCCUCUGCCCAGCCAAGGGCCUGGCCACUCCCAGACCCCUCCGCCUUCCUUGUCUUCACAUGGAUCAUCUUCGAGUCUAAACCUGGGGGGGCUGACGAACGGCAGCGGGCGCUACAUCUCGGCGGCCCCGGGCGCCGAGGCCAAGUACCGCAGUGCCAGCAGUGCCUCCAGCCUGUUCAGCCCCAGCAGCACCCUGUUCCCCUCGUCCCGCCUGCGCUACGGCAUGUCCGACGUGAUGCCCUCCGGCCGCAGCCGCCUGCUCGAGGAUUUCCGCAACAACCGCUACCCCAACCUGCAGCUGCGCGAGAUCGCCGGCCACAUCAUGGAGUUCUCCCAGGACCAGCACGGCUCCAGGUUCAUUCAGCUGAAACUGGAACGUGCCACCCCAGCAGAGCGUCAGCUGGUGUUCAACGAGAUCCUCCAGGCAGCUUAUCAGCUCAUGGUGGAUGUGUUUGGAAAUUACGUCAUCCAGAAGUUCUUUGAAUUCGGCAGCCUGGAGCAGAAGCUGGCCCUGGCAGAGCGCAUCCGCGGGCACGUGCUGUCCCUGGCGCUGCAGAUGUACGGCUGCAGGGUGAUCCAGAAGGCCCUGGAGUUCAUCCCCCCAGACCAGCAGAACGAGAUGGUUCGGGAGCUGGACGGGCACGUCCUCAAGUGUGUGAAAGACCAGAACGGGAACCACGUGGUGCAGAAGUGCAUUGAGUGUGUGCAGCCUCAGUCCCUGCAGUUCAUCAUUGAUGCCUUUAAGGGCCAGGUGUUCGCGUUGUCCACGCACCCCUACGGCUGCCGCGUCAUCCAGAGGAUCCUGGAGCACUGUCUUCCCGAGCAGACCCUGCCCAUCUUGGAGGAGCUUCACCAACACACCGAGCAGCUGGUCCAGGAUCAGUAUGGGAACUAUGUUAUCCAGCAUGUACUAGAACAUGGUCGGCCCGAGGAUAAGAGCAAGAUUGUAGCAGAAAUUAGAGGCAACGUGCUCGUGUUGAGUCAACAUAAAUUUGCUAGUAACGUGGUGGAGAAGUGCGUGACGCACGCGUCGCGCACGGAGCGGGCCAUGCUGAUCGACGAGGUGUGCACCAUGAACGACGGCCCCCACAGUGCCUUAUACACCAUGAUGAAGGAUCAAUAUGCCAACUACGUGGUGCAGAAGAUGAUCGACGUGGCAGAGCCAGCCCAGAGGAAGAUUGUCAUGCACAAGAUCCGGCCUCACAUCGCGACCCUGCGCAAAUACACCUACGGCAAACACAUCCUGGCCAAGCUGGAGAAGUACUACAUGAAGAACGGGGUGGACCUGGGGCCCAUCUGUGGCCCCCCCAACGGCAUCAUCUGAGGUGGCCCCACCAGAGCCACCCCCGGCCCCCACAACCAGCAACCACCAACACCCCAAUUCACACUAAAAAUCCACCUCUACGGUUGCUAAAAACAAACAAACAAACAAAACAAAACAAAGAAAAAGAAAAAAAAAAAAAAGCAAAGCCUUUGUAAAUUUCUUUAAUUUUAUUAUGCAUAACAUGUACUAAUUAUUUUUUUUAAUUAACUAAUUGCCCUGCUGUUUUACUGGUGUAUAGAAUACUUGUACAUAGGUCUCAGAUGUACAUGGAAGGCCACAUUUUUUUUGUUCACUGUUGUAUCUAUAUUCCAAAUGUGGAAACUUUCAGGGUGGUUGGUUUGAAGAAAACAAACAGGGAAAAAAAAAACAACAAAAAAAAAAAAACCCACAACUUUUUAAUUCAUUUGCCUGAUGGGCAACAUUUUGCAAACACUUCUUUGGUUUUAUUUUUUUUUUUCUCCUUUUAGUCAAAAAAAAAAAAUCAACCAGAAGUUUGAAUUUCAGUUAAAUGACCCAACACAUUUAACGCUUUUAUAAAUACUAAAAAGGACAAAAAAAAAAAAAUUCAACUUCAAGCUUGGGUUUAAAAAAAACAAAA